AUGUUCGGUUUUAGCGUUAGGACAUGGCAGAAUGGGUUCGGAUCGCCCAAGUCCGUCGGGUCCCCAGUCUCGGUCAGCUCUCCUGCCCGACCCGAGUCGCCCGGCGGCACGAACUCCCCGAAAGUCGAUGUGGGAGAAAUCGAUACCCGAGCGCCGUUCGAAUCCGUGAAAGCGGCCGUAAGCUUAUUCGGCGAGGUUGUUUCUCCUAGGGCAAGGCCUGUCACCAAAAAGACCAAAGCAGAAGAGCAAAGGCUACUCGAAAAAGAGACCCAACACCACAUGAUCCUCCGCGAGCUCGACUACUACAAGGAAAAGCUUCGCCAAACCGAGUCGGCCCGGGCCCACGCUUCCCGAGACCUCCAGCAGGCUCACCGCACGGUCCACGAGCUCACCAACAAGCUCGACUCCCUCAGCGAGUCCAAACAAUCAGCCAUUCGGGCCGCCGACGAGGCCCGACUCCUAGCGGGAUCCCUCGAGGCCCGCCGAGCCCACCUCGGCAGCGAAGCAUGGAAGCUUGACGUGGACUCCGAACGUGAAUCCUACCGAGCCUCUGCCAGCCAGCUCAUCGCCGCCAAGCAGGACCUCACGACCCUCCGCCAGGACGUCGACUCCGCCCUCGACGCCAAGCUGGCGGCUUUCCACGAGGCCGAGGACGCCCGCCACGUCACGAGGGCGAAUUUGGAAAAGAAAAAUCGACUCUUGUUCGAGGUCUUCAACAUUCGAGAUACCCUCGAUCAAGUUCGGGCCGCUGCCCGACGGGCUGAGGAGGAGCAUCUUAGGCUCGUGGCGGAGCGCGAGAUUUACGUGCUAGUCCACAAGUCGGCUCGGGAGUUUGGCGAACAGGAGAUCCAGCGGUUAAUAAACGAGCGUGGGCCCAACGACGGGGAAAAAAACUUCGAGGAGAAGCUCGAGGAGGUUAACGAGGCGGUUAAAGUGUUGCGUGAGCAAUUGAACGAGGUUCGAACGGGGGAUUUGAGUUUGCUCCACGAUGCGGUCUCGAGGCUCGACUCGGCUAAACGGGAGCUCGGAGAGAUUUCGGAGGAGGAAAAUUCGAGUCGGGCGAAUGGGCGGGCGCUCGAUUCGGAAGUGGAAUGCGUGAUGAGGGAGAAGUCGGAGUACGAGGAGAAGGCUCGGGAGGCGGAGUCGGGGCUGGAGGCGAGACGAGCCGAGCUCGAGAGAAAGAAGGACGAGCUUCGGGAGGCGAAGAAGUCGAGGGGCGUUUUGGAUGAGAUGCGUGCGGAAUUGGAUAAUAUUUUGCGCGAAACCGAGAGGUACCAACGGGAGGCGGAUGGGGUGAGGGAGGAAAUCGAGCAACUGAGUCGGGAGGCUGACGAGGCUAAUGACGGGGCACGGGAGAUCGAAGGGAGGCUCGAGGCUGCCAUGUUGGAAGCCGAGGCCGCCAAGCGGGCGGAGCGGGUGGCGGGGGAGAAGAUCCACGAGGAGUCUCCGAGGGGGGAUGAGGUGGGCCCCACGCGGGUGGGGGUGGGUGGGUCGUCGAGGAGGAUCCGGCUGGCGCCGGAGGAGUUGGAGUCGAUGGAGAGGAAAAUAGAGGAGUGCCGGAGACGGGCGGAGGAGAGGGUGGCUGGGCUGGCGGCGGAGGCUGAGGUGGCGGCAGCGGGGGAGGAAGAGGUUCGUAAGAAGGUGGAGAAGAUGACGGGGGAAAUCGAGGGGAUGAGGGUGGAGAUAGAGGAGGCGUUGAAGAGAGCUGAGGUGGCGGAGGGGGCGAAGAAGAUGGUCGAGGAGGAGAUGUACAGGUGGCGGAGGGAGGCUGCUGAUGUGGACGAGCCGGCUGGCUCGUCGUCCGGUGUUGUUUCCGGCGAGAAAUAA